AUGCAACGGAAUGCCGGCAUGCCGGCAUGCGCAUCGUGCAAGCACCAAAGGAAGAAGUGCAGCGAAAAGUGCGUCCUGGCACCCUACUUCCCCGCGGGCAAGAACCGAGAGUUCCAGGCCGUGCACAAAUUGUUCGGCGUGAGUAACGUGACGAAGAUGCUGAAGAGUCUUAACGAUCCGGAAGACAGGAGAAGAGCCAGCGACACGCUCGUCUGGGAAGCUUUUUGUCGCGAAAGAGAUCCGGUGCUGGGUCCUUACGGAGAGUAUAGGAAAGCGUACGAGGAGCUCAAGUUGUACAGGAGCCAGUACGGACCGAUUCAAGUGCAAGCACCAGGGAGCAUGAUGUACAAACCGGCACCAAAUAUGAUGGGAUGGAACAAUAAUAAUAAUAACAAUGGAAUAUCUAAUAAUAAUACUAAUCAGAAUAAUUCAUUGAACUACAACAAUAGUAUUAAUAUUCAGAACAACGACGGCAGUUCCAUUAAUAAUGGAGAUUCUACUACGUCGUUUGGUUAUUCUUCUGAUCAUCAUCUCAUGCAAGGCCUAGAGAGAAAGAGACAAGAGAGAGAGCUUGGUUCAGUCAUAGUUCUUCCACAACAGCACCCCAUGCAUAGUCACCAAUACUAUCUUUCAGCUCUUUUUGCUUUUCGCAAUUCUUUGUUGGAAAUUGAUUUCUACACUCUCCUAAUCGAUACGAACACUAUUUUUUCCGUCUUUUAG